GGCGGUGGCUCCGGGGCUCUUCCGUUGCACCUGGUGGUUCUCCCGGUGACGAGGACCGGAAUAGAUACAGGACGAAGGGCGAUGCUUGGUUGUCUGUCCCCCAGUUUCCUCCAGGGAAGCCGCUCAGAACAUAACAAAACAAUGAUGGAAUUGGUUUGUGGGUUGUUGUUUUUUAAAGCUUACUGAAAACAGGAUAAUCACGAUCAAAUUCUGAGGCUCAGACAGCAUAAAACGGUUCCAGCGAUAUUUUUGAGGACUAAAACUAAAGGGGGCCAAGUGAGCCCACUGAAUGAGGGAUUCCUAGAGCAAGUGUGGAGAACCUCUGGCCCUCCAGAUGUUACUGAACUACAACUCCCAUCAACCCUGGCCAUUGAGCAUGCUCGCUGGGGGUGAUGGGAAUUGUAGUUCAUUAGCAUCUGGAGGGCCAAAAAGUUCCUAGCACCUGUUGUAGAGCCUAGAUCCAGGUGACCUAUCUCAUUGACUCAGCAAGUGCGCCUCAGACAGUGCCACUGAGCUUCCCUGGAAGAUACUGGCAUGCAAACAGCCUUUAAAGGAUCCCAAGAGGAGAAGUUUACAGCAAUCCUUCUGCAAUUCAUAGCAUGCACAGUUGAGAUCAUAACCAUUUCUAUUUAGAUAGAAUUACUGUAAAUCCCACUGGCUACAGUGGGCUACUGUCGGACCUUGAGGGGAAAAAUGACUGCUGGAUCCAUCUUAGUGCCUCAAAUUAUACCACUACGAUUGUCAACACCAGGCAAAGCUAAACAUGAAAUAGAUACAAAUACACUUAUAGAGAUCAAAUCAGAUACCCCUGAUGUCACCAUAUAUUAUACUAUUGAUGGAAGUAAACCACAGCUCUUUAGGAAACUUAAUUACAGAGAUCAUAAUACUUUUAAGUAUAAUGGACCAAUCACAUUACCAGAUGGGAAAAUAACAAUUAAGGCACUGGCAGUUACAAAAGACGGCAGAGAGAGUACCGUUGUAACAAAAGUAUUUAUAGUAGAAUAUGUAACUCCCAACGUACAUGUACCUGAUGAAGAUGAGAAUGAGAAUUUCCUGGAAGAUCUCAUCAGUCAGGAGAUGGAAGAUGAAUUGUCUCAUUUGAAUCUAAGAAAGAAAGAAGCAAGUGCUGAAAGCAGAUUCCAUUUGCCUGAUGUAGCACUGGAAUUACAAGGCUUGCCAGAAGAAAAAUCAUUUGUGCCCUCACAAAUCAUUGGAACACAUCUGUUGAAAAAUUACUUGAAUACCUCAAGUGAUGGAGAAAAGUCUAAUUCUGCCACAUGGAUGCCUCGAUCUCAGAUGGAAUUGUGCAACAAAUGCCAGACUAUGGUGCCAAGGAACUCACCAACAUGUAUCGUAUGUGAAGCUCUGAUGACUCCACGGCUGCAAGAACAAGGCAGCAUCCGCCAAAAGGGCAAAGUAGUCUACUGUGUGUGUGGAGCAGGAAAUCCAAUUUGCAUUACGCAGUGUGUGGUCUGUGGGAUCCAAUUUCCAGAAGUGCAAAUGAGCAACAGCUUACAGACCAGGCAGCAAUCAGUCAUUUCAUUGCCACCAUCAAUACCUAAUUUACUAGAGAAAAAAGAGCAAGGAACUCAAACCAUUGGCUUGUACUACCCAUCCAUCAAAUUUCUAGAGAAGAAAGAAAGUGAGCUCCUUUCCCAAAAGGAAAAAUCGAAUGAGACAAAUUAUCACAAACCUCUGCUCACAGCCAUCAGUCCUGGAAGAGGUUACUGGAGGAAGCAACUAGAUCAUGUUUGUGCACACCUCAGAAGUUAUACGCAAAACAAUCUGGAGUUCAGGACUUUGAUUGGAGAGCCUCAAAUGGGGAAGCUUAUUUCUGCUACAGUCCACAAGGACAGCUAUCAAGUCAGUCUCCAGAUAAAUUAUGCACUUGCUAUAAAUAAGGAUAUUUUGACCAAUAAACCACUGGCAUUUGGCUAUCAUGAACUGAGCCCCAGCAAAGCAGGAAGAGCUGGAUUAUAUGAAAGUCAAGCCGGUCUGGCCCGAGAAGAGAGUCAAAGAGUGCCAAGCCCCAGUGAGAAAGUCAAAAGGAUGAUGAAAACAGGGACAUGUCUAGAAAAAGAAGACAAGCUCACUACUGAAUCUAGGCAGUUGCUGAAGGAAGUGGGUCCAAAAGGCCAAGGGCGACCUUUCGUAGUAGAACAACUGAUUGACGAGGGAGCUGACCCCAACUGCACCAACAGCGAGGACCAACCUGCUUUAACGCUGGCUGUGCUGAAUAGGCAUCAUGAAGUUAUUCCCAUUCUCGUGCAGAAAGGUGCCAACGUGGACCAUCAGUCAAGACCGCUUAACAAUACAGCUCUACAUGAAGCCGUCUUGCUUGGAUUGGAAGGAUGGGAAUGCAUGGAUGCAUUGGUAGGAUGUAAUGCAAACAUUAAGAAGAAGAAUUCCAGAGGGCUGUCAGCCUGUGAUUUGGCACUGAAGAGUGGCAUUGACAAAAUAGUUUCAUUGUUUGCUAGAAAGCUAGGAAAGAGGAUGUUAGACAAAACUUCCACAACACAGGCAGAGUCCGCCUAACGGCUCAGGGCCGCAAUACCUCAAGGACCGCCUCUCCCCAUAUGAACCGACCUGGACCCUGCGAUCAUCAUCUGCAGCCCUUCCUUACGUGCCCCCUCCACAAGAGGUUCAGAGGGUGGCAACAUUAGAAUGGGCCUUUUCUAUGGCAGCUUCGUUUGUGGAAUGCUCUCCCCAGGGAAG